AGAAAUCCCACAAAAAAGAUGGAACAACCCUACACAAAAGUUAACCAAACAAAAAAACCAGCCAAAAAAUUCCCCACGCCCUGCUAAAAUGCGCCGCAACAACGCUAACGUGCGCCUCAAAUUAAUUUACAACGAGUUGAAGAAAUCCAUUCUUUAUAAACUUGGCAUUUCAAUUCGUUUUUUCACCUCUCAUAAUUAAACAUCAGCUUCCAAACACUAUUCCCCCAAAAAACAUUCCUCUAACUAAUCCCCACGCUUCUCUCACUAGAUUCUCUCUUCAAAAAAAAAAAAAAAAAACUACAAAUUAUGACUAGAUUUCUCCCAUGCCCAUUGCCUUGCAAUUGCGACAAACAUGAAGAAUCCUCUCAUAAAUCUCAAUUAAACAACCAAAUUUCCGACACAUCUUCUUCCAAUUCAUCCCUUACUUCCCACCCAAGCCUCCCUUCCGUUCCUUCCCUCGAACACGCCGCCUCCGCCGCCGCCGCCGCCGCCGCCGCAAACCACCACUGCCUAGCCACCCUCAAGGGCCACUCCUCCUACGUAUUCUCCCUCGCCCUCGUCGGAAAACACCUCUACAGCGGCGCCUCCGACGGCGAAAUCCGCGCAUGGGACCGCGGCUCGCUCGGCCACGCCGCCACGGCCCGCGGCUGCUCCGCCGUGAAGUCCAUCACGGUCCUCGGGGGUAAGAUCAUCACGGCCCACGGGGACCACCGAAUCCGCGUGUGGCGGAUCAACGACCAUUUACACCAGACUCAAACUCAAAAUCGAGGACAUUUUUCAAUAAUAACUGUCGGUUCAGACAGCAAUAAUCCAGUGACUACGGCAGCGGUGCGGCUUAAGUUAGCCGCCACGCUGCCCACCGCCGGGGACCGCUGCAUGCGGCUGUUCUCGGCGGGGAGCUACGUGGAGGUCCGCCGCCACCGGCGGCGGACGUGGGUCCACCACGCCGACGCGGUGGCGGCCCUGGCCGCCUCCGCGGACGGCGCCCUCCUCUACUCCGUGUCGUGGGACCGGAGCAUGAAGGUGUGGCGGAGCUCCGACUUCCGGUGCGUGGAGUCGGUGCAGGCCGCGCACGACGACGCGAUCAACGCCGUCGCCGCGGCCGUCGACGGCAGCGUCUACACCGGCUCCGCCGACCGGCUGAUCAAGGUGUGGCGGCGCCGCGACGGCGAGCGGCGGCACUCGCUCGUGGCGACGCUCGAGCGGCACAAAUCCGCCGUGAAUGCGCUGGCGCUGAGCACCGACGGCAAUACUCUCUACUCCGGCGCCUGCGAUCGGUCGAUCAUCGUGUGGGAGAAGGGCGGCGCCGCCGCGGGAGGCGGCGGAAUGGUGGUGGCGGGAGCGCUGAGGGGCCACAAGAGGUCUAUUUUGUGCCUGGCGGUGGCGGCGGAGCUGUUGUGCAGUGGAUCGGCGGAUGGGAGUGUGAGAGUGUGGCGGAGAGGGAGUGGAAAUAGCCAUUCUUGCGUGGCGGUAUUGGAAGGGCAUAAAUGUCCGGUUAAAUGUUUAGUGGCGUGUUUGGAUCGUAGUUAUAGUGAGGUUAAGAAAAAUGAUGAUGCUACUGCUGAUUUGGGGAAUAAUUACUUAGUUUAUAGUGGUGGUAUGGAUUUUGAUAUUAAGGUUUGGAAAAUUUGGGUUCCUAGUUUAUAGUAGUAUUUUUUUUUAAGUUUGGAUUAUUAUUUUUUUAGGGAGGACGUAAUUUUGUAAAUAGAGAGAAAAAAUUUAGGCACUUUUGUUGAAAUAGUUUUAUUAAUUGGACUUGUUUUUAUGUUUUGGUUAUGGGAUUUGAGAGUUGAUUAAUUGUGUGGUUAAGGCUUGUUUGUGGUUAUUAUUUAAUUAAUAAUGUUUUUUUGCUUGUGAAAA